AUGCUGGACUCGCUGAGGAAGCACGCACUAGUUAUUCUCGUCGCCAUCCUGUUCGCCACGUAUCGCCUCUCGCGACUGGAGGGCGAGCGCGGACGGCGUGGGGCGAAUAUUGAGCAAGACUUUGAAACCGUUGUAGGCUUCCUGCACCAGCACUUGAACACCAAGUACCGCGUGCUACGCAUCGCCCCGCCGCCGCAUUCAGCGACCAAACUGCAUGCGAUGAUAGUGAACGCUGGGUUCGCCAUCCCACACGUGGAAGCUGAAGUGUUCGUGGACCAGCAAUAUGCACUUAAUCAACGAAAACACAAGCGAAGAGAUCGACGGCAUAUACCGCCUGUGCGCUUCCGAGUGUAUGAUGCCGAUGCGAUGACGUCGAUUGCUGAGACUCUUCAACAACGGAACCUCAUCGCCUCAUACGAACAAGGAUAUCAACCUAUCUAA